AUGAAUGUUUACUUAUCGGAAUCAGACGAUGAUGAUGAAAUUUUGAUUUUGGCAGCAAUGCUCGCGGACGAAGAAAAUGAUGGAAAGAUAAAAAGGAAAUGUUGGGUCCACAAUAUUAAUAAAGAUCGUGAAUUAUUUGGCGAGUACAAUACUUUAAUGGUACAACUAAGAAUGGAUCCAGCAAGAUUUUUUAUGUACUUUAGAAUGACUUCUGAAUGUUACGAAGAAGUUUUAAGUUUGAUUGAAAGUGAAAUCCGUAAAAUGCCAACACAUUUUCGCAUCAAAAUUUCACCAACGGAACGACUAGCGAUAUGUUUAAGGUACCUAUUAGAUAUAGUAUACAAUAUUAAGGAUUUAAAAAUAUAA